GAGACGAAAAUAAACCAUUGAUGGAUCAAAAUGAAGAGCCCAAAUUACACAAUCAACGAGUCCCAGUAAACACCCUUCUCCAAGAAACCUCUACACACUAUAUAUAUAUAUAUAUAUAUAUAUAUAUAUAUAUAUAUAUAUAUAUAUAUAUAACACGCACUAAACACACAGUGACAGUGACAGAGGAAAACAAAUGAUGGCGUUCACAUUCGAAUCUCUCCCCUCUUCCAACAAAGUUCUGACGGCGGCGGCUUCCGUCACCGCCUCCGUAAUCCUCUUCAAAUCCAUCGCCAGCGAUCUCAUCCCACAACAAAUCCAAACCUACUUCUCCUCUUCCCUCCUCAAACUCUCCGGCCGCCUCUCCUCCCAGCUCACCGUCGUCGUCGAAGAAUCCGAGGGCCUUACCUCCAACCAAAUGUUCGCCGCCGCCGCCGUCUAUCUCGGCACCAAAAUCUCCUCCUCCACACAGAGAAUCAAAGUGACCAAACCCGAAAAGGACGAGGAACUCUCCGUCACCGUCGACAAAAACCAGGAAAUCGUCGACUUCCACGGCGGGAUCAAGUACAAGUGGGUCCUCCAAUCCUCCGCCGUCAAACAGGCGGCGCAAGUUGGCAAAAACACCACCCCCAAAACCGAGCUCCGCUUCUUCGAGCUGAGCUUCCACAAAAAACACAGAGACCACGCCCUAAAAACCUACCUCCCCUACAUUCUCCAAAAAUCGAAGGAGAUCAAAGACGAAAUCAGAACGGUGCGCCUCCACACCGUCGAUUACAACGGCACCGAUUACUGGAGCUCCGUCGUGCUGAACCACCCUGCAACAUUCGAAACGAUGGCGAUGGAUCCUGAUACGAAGGACGAUUUGAUUGGGGAUCUGGAUAGAUUUUCGAGGAGGAAGGAUUAUUACAGGAGAGUAGGGAAGGCUUGGAAAAGGGGGUACUUGUUUUACGGGCCGCCGGGGACCGGGAAAUCGAGCUUGGUGGCGGCCAUGGCUAAUUAUCUCAAGUUCGAUGUUUAUGAUUUGGAUUUGAGAGAGGUUCAGUGCAAUUCAGAUCUGAGGAGGCUGUUGAUUGGUUCGGCGAAUCGUUCUAUACUGGUGAUUGAAGACAUUGAUUGCAAUGUUGGAUUGCAGAACAGAGAUAUUGAUACUAGUACACCUGAAGACGACAAGAUAACACUAUCGGGACUACUGAACUUCAUCGAUGGAUUGUGGUCGAGCUGUGGAGACGAGAGAAUAAUAGUGUUCACAACGAAUCACAAGAACCGGUUAGACCCGGCCCUGCUCAGACCGGGUCGGAUGGACGUACAAUUGGAAAUGGGUUAUUGCAAAUUCAGUGGUUUCAAGAUACUCGCCUCCACUUACCUCAGGAUAGAUGGGGAGGAGGAGGAGGGGCAUCCGCUUUUUGCGGCGAUUGACGAGCUUCUGGCGAAAGUUCAGGCGACUCCGGCGGAGGUCGCCGGAGAACUGAUGAAGAGUGAGAAUGCUGACGUUGCAUUACUAAACCUCGUCAAAUUCCUCGAGGCUAAGGAAAUCAGGGCCUGAUGAUGAUGAUUACUUGAAUAAUUACGGUUGUUGAAUAAAACCACUUCAUUUUAUUUUAUGUGGUGAUUUUGGCGUGUACUAUUUAUUUUUUAGGUAGAUUUUUUUUAUUCUUUUUUUGGUUUUAUUAUGAUAAGAUUUUAGGCAUUA